AUGUCCGAAAUAGCGGAUUUGGAACCUUUGACUGGGCUUAAGAGGCUACAAUAUUUGAGUUUAUUAGAUAAUCCCGUUACCAGAAAACAGUGGUACAGGAGUUGGAUCAUUUGGAAGAUACCAAGUAUUAGAGUGCUGGAUUUCAAAAGGGAACGUAAAGAGGCUGUCCAGUUGUUUGUAACGGCAAAUGGUGAACAUACCUCACUUGCAAAAUCAAUUUCAGAAACGAUAUCCAAGACGUUUGAACCUGGUGAAGGGUUGGUGGCAGGUAGUAAUUUGCCAAAAUCUAACCUGCCCACUCUUGGAAUAUCUGCGGAAGAACAAGCAAAAAUUAGGGAAGCAAUUCGAAAUGCAAAAACUCUCGAGGAAGUUACUAGGCUUGAGAAAUUAUUGCAAUCUGGUCAUAUUCCCGGAUCAGGCAGGCAACUUGGCGAUAAUCUACAGCACGGCGAGGAAGAGAUGGAUGACUAA